GUCGACUUCUAUCCAAAUUCAAACACAGUCACCAACUUUUGCAUAUUAUUUUUGCAUAGACUUCAUGAUAAUCCCUCAUACUCUUCGUUUGACGUUAUUAUACAAAUGAGAUACCCAAGUCUGCCCUCUCCAUAUACAAAUCCUCAUUAGAUCUGUCACAAUAAUGAUUUUUGAAGCAUAAUUUACUGCUACAGAGAAAUACUGCGAUAAAUGAUAAUAUUGAAACUACUUUAUGCCACUGACACAAAGCAAGACAAACCCUGUAAACCAAUUUUUAAAUAUAGUGUAUAUUAUUAAAAGGGAUGAGCAGUAACAAAUAAAUACCAGAAUGAACUUGUGCUUAGUGACAGAAGUUAUUUAGUCAACAUUCUACACCUUAAAUCUUACUGUAUUAGGUACAAAAUGGUACAAAAGAAACAGCUUUGCAAAGAAAUGUGUUAAAUAUUGAGCCCAGUUUUUGUACAUUGAACGAGAAGUCAAUUUUGCAAUUUUCCUGACAGGCCUAGUCCUCAUGUCUCAGUCUUAUAAUUUAUUACCACUUUCAAAUAGACCCUCUUUGACAAAUCUGAGCUGUCUGGAUUCAAAAUGCAAUAUAGUUAAUUAACCUAUAUGUUUAGAUUCAUAUUGAUGUUAUAAUUACCUCGUCCCAGAAAGGUUGUUUUGUAUUCACCCUGUGUCUGUGUGUGUGUGUGUGUCUGUCUACCUGCGAUAAUUCCGCCAUUUAUGGACCGAUUGUCACCAAAUUUGGUACGUGGGUCAAGCCCCCGUGCCCGAUGCCGCAAAAAAAGUUUGGUGCCGAUCCGAGGUCAUUUGAGGUCACACGGGUCAAUUGGAAGGUCACGCCAUUAUAAAGAAUAGGCAAUUUCAGCCAUUUCUGAACCAUCUGCGCUUGUUUUAUCAGAUAUAAUAUGUAUCUCAUACUUUUUAGUUAGUCAGUGAAAUGUGUUUGGACCCCAGUUUAGUUCUGAUGUAAUUAGUUUGGUCCUGGUUUAGUCCUAUUUGGUCCUUGUUUAGCCUUAGUUUACUCUAGUUCUAGGUUUAGUCCCAAUUUUGUCCCAGUUUUAUGUGGUGUGUGUAGCCCUCGUUCACUCCUGUUUAUAUCCCUUUUCAUAAUGGAUAGAGUUGGUUUGAUCAGAAUUAUUCUUGGUUUAGUUCUGGUGGUAGUUUAAAAUCAAAUAUGUUUUAGGUAGGCCUGUCGCAAAUGUAUACAAUAACAAUAAAGCAGGAUUAUCCAUGUAAACUAUUUUUGAAUUUUCAGCAUCAUUAAAAAACACAAACUGCAACAAAUAAGUAACAGAAUUAACCAAUAGAUACAGAUAUAGAUGGUUAUUUAUUCAAUCCUCUAAAUCAUUGUUCACAAAGACUGGGUCGUGACCCUCAGAUGGGUCUCAAGAGAUUUUUUUGGGGUCACCUGAUCUGUGUGCUGUUCUCUCUUCCUGCACCCCGGACUGGAAUGUGCUACAAAACAUAGACAGGCCCAUUUAUCUCAUUAGAAAUGCUGAAAUGUUAAGUAUUGUUCCUACUUUCAUAUAUUGAACGAUAAGUCAGUACAGUAAUUAUCGUGACAGGCUUUAGAACAAAACAUCCACUCUAGAAGUUUUGUCUCAUACUGUCCAGAACAAUGGCUGUGAUUGGGGGACAUGUUGAAACAACUGGAAAUCUCCACUGUCUGAAUGUGUGUGAAUGGGCAUUGCCUGUAACAGUAGUGGGCUUAUUCAUGGAUCACAUGGGGUUGAUGUACAGCAGAAGAGACCAGUGCACAGGUAAACACACUUUCACUCAUUCAGGGUAUAGAAUAGUGAAGAAGUAGCUGGAUUUGUGAGUGAAGUUAUAAGUAUUUGAGUGCAAUACUGACACGAGGCUGCCAGUUUGAUUUUACAGACUGUACCAUCUCUGCGCUGUCAACUUGAGCAUCUGUGGAGCCAUGCAUCCCCAACGCCCUCUGCCACAAGCCAUGCCCGCUCCCCCCUCGUCCUCCCUGGGACAGCAGCUACGUGACAUGGCGAUAGGCCUGGGCCGGGGCAAGAACUUCCUCGGGGGAAACUUUGCCUACGGGUUCAUUCAAUCUGUCAAAGAGUGCCUGUAUUUUCUCCUCUGCUGCUGGUGCAUCAAAGAGAUUCUGGACUGAAAUGAAUUAAUGAUUUUUCUCCGGCUUCUGUUUCAACAAGCUUCUGAUCAUGAGAGAUGCAGUGGUAGCCUAUAGCGUGCAAGUUGGCAGGUAUGUGGCACUUGGAAACUCACAGUUGACUUGUGCUAAUGAGUUUUCCUUUUACUUUGAACCAAGAACAAGAUCAUUUGACUUGAACAAAUUAGUUUUAAUUGCAGUGGAGAUCUGGGACAAUAGGCAACUAAUUGGCAAAUAUUAGCUUCCAUUAAAC